AUGGCUAGGAUGGCGGCACUGUGGCAGAAGACCAGAAAUUACUUCCUGAGCAAGGAGUUCCGGGAAUACGUGACCAGCACUCACUUUUGGGGUCCCGUGGCCAACUGGGGCCUGCCACUGGCUGCCUUUAAGGACAUGAAGGAGUCGCCGGAGCUCAUCAGUGGCCGCAUGACUACUGCGCUCAUCUUCUACUCGGCGAUCUUCAUACGCUUCGCCUACCGCGUACAGCCUCGAAACCUGCUGCUGAUGGCGUGCCACGGCACCAACGUGGUGGCUCAGAGUGUGCAGGCCAGUCGCUACCUACACUACCGCUUCGGCGGCGGCACCAAGGCCGAAGCCGGCGACCCUCCGGCUACCACCGCCGCCGCUGCCACCAGCCCCAGUUCCCAGCCCCCGAAACAAGCUUCUUAA